UCUAAGGGCUAAGGGGCGGUGCCUGAGGCGGGGCUGCAGACCAAGCUGCCGCGGAAGAUGGCGGCUGAGGCGCUGAGUGGAGGGGAGGCGCCGGUCUGCGACUCUGGCCGGAGUGAUGCCAUUUGCAAUUUUGUCAUUUGCAAUGACUCUCCCCUUCGAGGUCAGCCUAUUAUCUUCAAUCCUGACUUUUUUGUGGAGAAACUCCGACAUGAGAAACCAGAGGUGUUCACCGAGUUGGUGGUCAGCAACAUCACAAGGCUUAUUGAUUUGCCUGGAACUGAGUUGGCUCAGCUGAUGGGUGAAGUGGACCUUAAGCUGCCUGGUGGGGCUGGCCCAGGAGCAGGGUUCUUCAGGUCUCUAAUGUCUCUCAAGCGGAAAGAAAAAGGAGUGGUAUUUGGAUCUCCGUUGACGGAGGAAGGCAUUGCCCAGAUAUAUCAGCUGAUUGAAUAUCUGCACAAAAACUUGCGAGUAGAGGGCUUGUUUAGAGUACCAGGCAACAGUGUCCGACAGCAGCUUUUGAGGGAUGCUCUCAAUAAUGGAACUGAUAUUGACUUGGAUUCAGGGGAGUUUCACUCAAAUGAUGUUGCCACGCUGCUGAAGAUGUUUCUAGGGGAGUUACCAGAGCCCCUGCUGACCCAUAAACAUUUUCAUGUACACCUCAAAAUUGCUGAUCUGAUGCAGUUUGAUGAUAAAGGAAAUAAGACCAACAUACCAGACAAGGAGCGGCGGAUCGAGGCCCUGCAGCUGCUCUUCCUAGUCCUCCCUCCAGCCAAUCGUAACUUGCUAAAGUUACUGCUUGAUCUCCUCUAUCAAACAGCGAAGAAGCAAGACAAGAAUAAGAUGUCUGCCCAUAACCUUGCUCUUAUGUUUGCACCCCAUGUCCUGUGGCCCAAAAAUGUCACCGCAAAUGACCUUCAGGAGAAUAUCAUAAAGUUAAACACAGGAAUGGCUUUUAUGAUCAAACACUCUCAGAAACUUUUUAAGGCUCCUGCUUAUAUUCGGGAAUGUGCCAGAUUGUACUAUUUGGGCUCCAGAACUCAAAUGUCAAAGGAUGAUCUUGAUCUGACAACCUCAUGUCAUGCCAUGUCCUUCCAGCUGGCAAGAUCUCAGAAACAGAGCAGGGUUGAUUCUUCCUCUCAGCAGGAGGAGACCCAGCAGCACACAGAAGAGGCGCUGAGAGAACUCUUCCAGCAUGUUCAUAACUGGCCAGACUCCGCGAAGAAGAAACAACUUCUCAGACAGUUCCAUAAGCAGUCUUUGACUCAAACGCCAGGGAGAGAACCUUCUACUCCCAGGGUCCAGAAGAGAGCCCGCUCACGCUCCUUCAGUGGGCUUAUCAAGCGCAAAGUCCUGGGCAGUCAGAUGACUUCAGAAAAGAAAAACAGUUCUCCUGCUCCAGAGUCUGUGGCCAUGGGGGAAUUGAAGAAAGCCAGCAAAGAAAAUAUGAACCUGUUCUUCUCUGGCUCUCCAGCUGGGACAGUGACACCAACAAGAUUGAAGUGGUCUGAGGCGAAGAGAGAGGGGAGAAAAGGAUUCUUUUGAAGGCUCUGUUUACUACUGUCCUCCACAGUGAAGUUUCUCUUCAGUGGGACAAGAGUUAUUUCUGUUCUCAGUGACGCUUGGACCUGCAGCUGCUUGCUGCAUUUUGACUUGUGAAAGCCAACUCAUACCCUGACCCGACUGAUACCUCUAACCCACUCACUGGAUGUCUCUGAAGCUGUGCGUCUGCGGGAGUGCUACGCUCUGUGUUUGUUUUUAAUGUCAGAAGCCGCUAGCUGCCUGCCCCAGCUUACACAGUGCAGCAGGUAGGCAGGGCCAGCCACGCGGACUUAGUGUGCUUAGGUCGGUUGGUUUCUUCAAACAGGAUAGUUUGUGUUAAUUGUUAGUAAUAUUUUUUAAAAGUACUGUAGGUCUUAGUGGAGUGUUAUUAUUUUCAACUGGUAUUUGAGGCUUUCCUCUGUGUUGCUAGUAUUGAGUAACUGCUUGUUUAUUUUCUUGUUUUAGAAGCCAUUAUUUUGAUGGAUAAUUAAGCGAAUUAUAAGUUAAAUGCUUUUGACCCCUUUUUAUUUUAAGCUUGAGUAAUCUCUUUAUCUUUGUGUUCAAAGAAUUUACAGCUUUCCUAGACAAUCUAUUAUUUCUUGUGUCUAAUAUAGAGAAUUUGACCUGGCAAUGAGAAAGAAUUCAGUACAGUAUAUUUAACAGAUCUCAGUAAUUAAGCUGCACCCCAUACCCGUCUUCCCCUUAUGAUGUGAGAAUGGCUGUGUGUUUGUUACCUUGGUGAUGUGAGAUGGCUGUGUGGUUGUUACCUCGGUGAUGUGAGAUGGCUGUGUGGUUGUUACCUCGCUUCCUUCAUCAUCUUCCUCUCACCUAGAACACAGCUGGUGCCACUGCUGCACUCUGUGCCUGGUUACUGUCACUUUGGAAAUGUCAUGACCUAGAGGAGCUUGCUGCAGUGUGCAUGUGGUGGAAACUGAAGCAGGCCAGGAGGGGCUGGUUGGCUUCGGUAGGAUGCUGUCACACAUUCCUAGGGAUCAAAUAUGCUGCUCACCUGUCUCCUGAGAGCAGGUUGGCAUCAGGAAAGGCACGCGUGGUAGUCUCUGCAGGGUCCAUAAAAUUUAGGGGUUUCCACAGGGAGCAGUUGUGAUGUAUUCCCGUGGUCUAGAACAGUUGCUUCCUGCCCAUCUCCUUAUCUGGUUGGGUACAGGAAGUGGUGGAGUGUGGCGAGCCACUGUCUCCUGAGCCACAGGUGGCAGUUGAGGAUGCUGAGGCACGGGCCUGGCUCUGUGGAACUAACUGUGCAGCCAUGCUCACCCUACUGCGGGGGACCAGAUACCCAGCAAGACACGGUUCCACACUAAUGAUAAACAGUUGAGCUUGUGUUAUUGUUGAGAUGAGGGCUGAUGUUGUCUGUCUGUCGACUCUCUCUUCAUACUACACUGUUUCAUUGCUGUAACAGCAGUGCUGAAGGAAAAUGUGAUAUUUGCCCUUCUAGCUGGGUAGUUUUGGAGCAUGGAGGUGUGUGACCUAUAAUGCGUUUUAAGUUCUGUUCUCUAAAGCAGUUUUAGGUCAUCCUUAAGGAUCUUUAUUAGCAAAUUCAUUUGUCUAGGUUUCUGACUCUUUCUGGUGGUGUUGUUACUAAGAAAAAGGUUCUUUUCUUUUUAAAAUAAAUUUCUUAUGCCAGGUAUAUAGUGAGGUCAAACAGAAAUCUCUUUUGUGUUAGCAAAUCAGAGAGGUUCUCUUCAGCAGGAGCUUGCUCUGAGUGUGCUCCACCAUGCUGUAGUGUAGCACUAUGCAGGGUAGAUAGCCAAGCAGUGCCUUGAUGCAGCCAGGAGUUUCACACUGUGAGCAGAGAGAAAGAGAGAGAGCGCGGGACUGAGGAGCUGGGUGUGGGUGGAUGGAAGCAAUGACCAGGGAUGGUCUGGGUGAGGGUGGUGAGAGAGGUGUACCCCAUGCACGUGCUCUCAGUAGCUGGCCUCUUGGGCAGUGGGAAUGUGUAUUUUAUUUAUUUAUUGGAUAGUCAUUACUUGCUUUAAGGAUAUUUUAGGUCGUUUUUUUCUAAUAGAAGCUGUGAUCUGGUGCAGAAUAAACUUGAGGAAAACAUAACCUUCUGAGUCUUGUAACCCGUGGCUGUUCUAACCUGUGGUGCUUCUAGGGAAUGCAGACAAAAGCUCCAGCGUUGUCACAGAAGGCUGCUGCCGCCCUUCUCACAAGGCAUACAGUUGCUGUUUUUGAGCCAGUAUUUAACUAAUAUUUUUAACUAAUGUUUGUUUGAGACAGGGUUUCUCUGUGUAGCCCUGGCUGUCCUGGAACUCACUCUGUAGACCAGGCUGGCU